AUGGCAGGAAUCUUAUCUUUCGUCUUUAUAUCGGCGGCUACUUUUGCUUGUAUCGCUGCUGCACCACAAGUAGAAGAUGCUGGAAGAGGAUUUCUCGACAAAUUAGGAAAAUUAGGUGAACAAAUUACACAAGGAAACCGUAACAAUGGACAGUUAGGAAGUGGCGGUUUUGGUAGUGGUAUUCAAGGAAGUGGUGGUUCUGGCAGCGGUACUGGAAGUGGUUUUGGAAACACCGGCCAAUUUGGAAGCGGUCUUUUAGGAAAUAGUCAAUUGGGAAGCGGUCAGUUAGGAAGUGAUAGUCUUGGUAGUGGUAUUCAAGGAAGUGGUGUUUCUGGCAGCGGUACUGGAAGUGGUUUUGGAAGCACCGACCAAUUUGGAAGUGGUCUUGUAGGAAAUGGUCAACUGGGAAGCGGUCAGUUAGGAAGUGGAGGUCUUGGUAGUGGUAUUCAAGGAAGUGGUGGUUCUGGCAGCGGUACUGGAAGUGGUUUUGGAAGCACCGGCCAAUUUGGAAGCGGUCUUUUAGGAAAUGGUCAACUGGGAAGCGGUCAGUUAGGAAGUGGUAGUCUUGGUAGUGGUAUUCAAGGAAGUGGUGGUUCUGGUAGCGGUAUUGGAAGUGGAUUUGGAAACACUGGCCAAUUUGGAAGCGGUCUUUUAGGAAGUGGUCAACUGGGAAGCGGUCAUUUAGGAAGCGGACAUCUCGGUCAUUUGGGCAGUAGCCAUCUCGGAGGCGGUCAUUUGGGCAGUGGCCAUUUCGGAGGCGGUCAUUUCGGCAGUGGUCAUCUCGGAAGCGGCCAUUUGGGUAGUGGUCAUCUGGGAAGCGGUUAUUUGAGUAGUGGCCACCACGGCAGCAGUCAUUUGGGCAGUGGCCACCUAGGAAACGGUCAUUUGGGUAGUGGUCAUCUCGGAAGCGGUCAUUUAGGUAGUGGCCAUCUAGGUAGCGGCCAUUUGGGUAGUGGCCAUCUGGGAAGCGGUCAUCUAGGAAGCAAUUUGGGUGGAUCCCGUAGUUCAGAAGAGAGACCCAGUUUUGGAAAUACUUCGGGGGAGGGCUACUCAGUCGAAGAAAAUUCUGAUGAAGAGUAA